AUGGAGAAGAUCAUCGACAAGAUUGCGGCGCUUCCGCCGGAUGCGCAUUAUUUCUCCCUGGAGUUCUUUCCUCCGAAAACCCAGAUGGGAUCGGUCAACCUGCAAGCCCGUCUGGAACGUAUGGCACGAGCUCUUCGCCCGCUCUUCGUGACUGUGACGUGGGGUGCUGGAGGAACGACUGCCACCAAGUCCCUGGAGCUGGCGGAGAUUUGCCAGCGCCAGCUGCAACUGACAACAUGCUUGCACCUGACGUGUACGAACAUGAACAGAAAACUCGUCGAUGAGGCGUUGGAGGAGGCAAAGGUGCUGGGGAUCAGGAACAUUCUGGCCUUAAGAGGAGAUCCACCCCGCAGCGAGGAGUACAACAUUGAUGGCGACGAUGAGAAUGACAGCAACAAGGAGUUCACAUAUGCUGUGGACCUGGUGCGGUACAUUCGACGGGUCCACGGCGACUACUUCUGUAUCGGAGUGGCAGCAUAUCCAGAAGGCCAUCCGGGCGAUUCGUACACGGAGCCGCAAGAUCCGGUCAAGGAUCUGCCUUACCUGGUGGAGAAGGUCAAGGCGGGCGCGGACUUCAUCAUGACUCAGUUAACCUAUGACCUAGAGGCGUAUCGCAAAUUCGAAGAGAUGCUGCGCAACCACGAGUCGGGGGUCUUUAAGACGAUUCCCAUCAUUCCGGGUCUCAUGCCGAUCCAGAGCUACAACAUUCUCACCCGUGUUACGAAGCUCAGUCAUGCCAACAUCCCUCCCCAUAUCCUCUCCCGAGUCGAGGAAGUGAAGUCGGACGACGAGAAGGUGAAGCAGGUCGGUGUGGACAUCCUCAGCGAAAUCGUGGAUGGUAUCAAGGACAUUCCUUGUCCUGGUCCUCGAGGCUUCCACUUCUACACCCUCAACCUCGAGAAAUCCGUUUCCUUUGUGCUCGAACGUUGCGACCUUAUACCCCCCAUGACGGAGGACAACGAUGAACUGGACAGGGACCGGGAUAUCGCAGUUAUCGCUGCAGCCCAGAAUGGAGUGCUGGACGAAAACCAGAAGCGCUCCCGUCGUCGAGCCUCGUCUAUCAACUCUCAACCAUAUAAUCGCGUGAUCGUAGACAAAUUACGUGUCCCGUCGGAGAAGUCCUCUGGAGGGUCAUUCUCCUAUGAGACUACGGCACUGAGUGCGGGAGUCCCGGCAAUGAACCCGCCUCCUCGCAGCACCACGCUACAGAUUUCUGAAGGAGUUGGUUCGCUAGGUCGCGAAGCAACCUGGGAUGACUUCCCCAACGGGCGAUGGGGUGAUGCCCGAUCACCGGCUUUCGGUGAGAUUGACGGCUACGGUCCUUCUCUACAUGUCAGUGCUACAGUUGCUCGCAGACUGUGGGGAUACCCGACUUCGCGGUCCGAUAUCAACACGCUCUUCCGGAGGCAUGUGUCUGGAGAACUGCACAUUGUACCAUGGUCUGAGGGAGGAGCACCGGAAGAGACGGGAGGCCUCAAUGCCGAAACAGCGACGAUCCGCACGGAGCUCUUGAAGCUCAUCGACAAGGGUUGGUGGACGCUCGCAUCGCAGCCGGCCGUUAACGGAGUGCGAAGCGACCACCCCAUAUUCGGCUGGGGCCCGCCAGGCGAAGGGUUUGUCUUCCAAAAGGCCUUUGUCGAAUUCUUCUGCCCAGGCGAGGACUACCAGUCGUAUAUCAAGCCGCUCCUGCAGCGCUACGGCGAAGACGAAUUCGCCUGGUUCGCGACGAACGCAGCAGGCGACUUUGAGUCUUCCUUCUCCCUGGCGACCGGCACGACGACGACGACGACGGGGGCAGGGACGGGCUCCGCAGCCGACGAGUUCAGCGAGCUACACGACAACAGUCGCGGCAUGGCCGUCACCUGGGGCGUGUUCCGCGGGAAGGAGAUCACGACGCCGACGAUCAUCGAGGAAGUCAGCUUCCGCGCCUGGGGCGACGAGGCAUACCGGAUCUGGGACGAAUGGCGCCGCAUCUACCCGCGCGGCUCGCCGACGGAGCGCUUUCUCGAUGCCACCAAGAAGGACGUGUGGCUGGUCUGUGUCAUCGGCCAGCGAUACGGCGCGGGCACGGAGCCCGGUUCGGCAGAAGAGGAUAGAGAGGCGAAGAUGUUAUGGCGGGUUCUGGCUGGUGAGGAGCAGGAGCCAGAUUACGAUCCGAUCGAUCAUGAUGAUACCGGUACCUUAAAAAAAAUAGAGAGAGGAAUGGAAUGGAACCUAUAUUAUCCGGAAAUGAAAUACUAUGUAUGCUCAGAAUCAGGUCCUCUGACCUCCUUACUAAAUGAUUUCAUGAAUUGA